UAUCAGCGCAAGUCCUCUUUCCAUGAGAACGAACGGGAAUUUAUUUUGCUCUCAACAAGUAGCCUAAAGUUUUCAGACAUGAAGCUCCCUGUUGGCUUCUGAAUUGUGUGGAUUUUUUUUUUUGUUGCUUUGACUACAACAUUUACAGUUCGUACAAGAAGACGUGUUUUGAGGUAGAUUGCCGUCGCCUCUCUCCCUGGCAACACGUAUAAUCGAGCUGCUCUCCCCUGCAGAUGCGCAGUGCUCCUCCCUCGGCCCUGUGGAGAAGUGAGCAGAGCUCCGCCCAUGGCUCCGGCUGCGGGGCACCGCCCUUCCCUCUCUCUGAUUGGCCUGCAGGGUGUGCUGUUCCUGCUUGUGGGGGGUGUGGCCAGCAGAGGCCCUGCCUUGGCUCCAGAGUCACCGUGUCACCGAGUGGAGCAUCCGGUCAUCUCCCACGCAGAAGUCGAGCCAUGGAUCCAUAGGUUCAGGGCAGAAGGCACGGUGGACUAUUCCCAGCUGACCUUUGACCCCGGACACGAGGAGCUGAUUGUAGGAGCCAGAAACCACCUCUUCAGACUGAGUUUGGAGGACUUGUCAUUGAUUCAGGGGGUGCACUGGCAGAGCGAUGAGUUCACCAAGGCAGCCUGCUUCAGUCGGGGGAAGUCAGAGGAGGAGUGCCAAAAUUACAUCCGUGUCCUACUCGUUAACGGGGACAGGCUGUUCACCUGUGGGACCAAUGCGUUCACCCCCAUUUGCACCAACCGCACGCUCACGAACCUGACAGAGAUCCACGAGCAGAUCAGUGGCAUGGCGCGGUGCCCCUACAGCCCCAGGCACAACUCCACCGUCCUGCUGACCAAAGGCGGGGAGCUGUACGCCGCCACCGCCAUGGACUUCUCGGGCCGUGACCCCGCCAUCUACCGCAGCCUGGGGGCGCUGCCCCCGCUCCGCACCGCCCAGUACAACUCCAAGUGGCUGAAUGAGCCGAACUUCGUGUCGUCCUACGACAUCGGGAACUUCACGUACUUCUUCUUCCGGGAGAACGCGGUGGAGCACGACUGCGGCCGGACGGUGUUCUCGCGCGUGGCCCGCGUCUGCAAGAACGACAUCGGCGGCCGCUUCCUGCUAGAGGACACCUGGACCACCUUCAUGAAGGCACGGCUCAACUGCUCCCGCCCGGGCGACGUCCCCUUCUACUACAGCGAACUGCAGGGCACCUUCCUGCUGCCCGAGCUAGAGCUGCUCUACGCCAUCUUUACCACCAACGUGAACAGCAUGGCGGCCUCGGCUGUGUGCGUGUUCAACUUCAGCGCCAUCAACCAGGUGUUCAGCGGACCGUUCCGGUUCCAGGAGAACUCUCGCACGGCCUGGCUGCCGUACCCCAACCCCAACCCCACCUUCCAGUGUGGCACCAUCGACUCGGGCUCCUACGUGAACCUGACCGAGCGGAACCUGCAGGACGCGCAGAAGUUCCUCCUGAUGCACGAGGUGGUGCAGCCGGCAUCCCCCGUCCCGCACUUCCUGGAGGACGGGGUCCGCUUCUCCCACGUGGUGGUGGACGUGGUGCAGGGCAAAGAAAUGCUCUUCCACAUUCUGUACCUGGCCACCGAUUAUGGGACCAUCAAGAAGGUUCUGUCCCCGCUGAACCGGUCUCUGAGCAGCUGCGUGCUGGACGAGAUCGAGCUCUUCCCCCUGGGGAAGGCCCAGCCAAUCAGAAGCCUGCUGAUCCAGCCCAGCCGCAGCGUUCUGUUUGUGGGCGUCCAGGACCAGGUGAUCAAGGUCCAGCUGCGGCGCUGCGGCUUCCACAGGACGCGAGAGGCCUGUGUGGGGGCUAGAGAUCCAUACUGUGGGUGGGACCUGGGGCUGAAGAGGUGCACCACCCUGGAGGAGAGCCUCAGCAUGAGCCAAUGGGAGCAGAUCAUCACCGAGUGUCCUAGGAGGAACGUGACCGUGGACGGAGGGUUUGGACCGUGGUCGGGGUGGCGGUCCUGUGGUCACAGCGAGGGGGGCGUGGCAGGUUCCUGUCUCUGCAGAACCCGGGCCUGCGACAACCCCAGUCCCCAGUGCGGUGGACAGCAGUGCCCGGGUUCGAGCGUGGAGGUCACCAACUGCUCUAGGAACGGUGCCUGGACACCGUGGUCCCCCUGGGCUCCCUGCAGUACCAGCUGUGGCAUCGGGUUCCAGGUCCGCCUGCGCACCUGCAGCAACCCCGCCCCCCGCCACGGAGGCCGGGUCUGCGUGGGCCAGAACCGGGACGAGAGGUACUGCAAUGAGCACCUCCCCUGUCCGCCACACGUGUACUGGUCGGGCUGGUCGCCGUGGGAACGCUGCUCGGUGCCCUGUGGUGGAGGGGUCCAGUCGCGCCGCCGGACCUGCGAGAAUGGGAACGAGUGUCCCGGCUGCGGCCUGGAGUUCCAGUUCUGCAACAUCCUGCCCUGCCCGGACCUAAAGAAGACCACGCCCUGGACACCGUGGGCGCCAGUCAACAUCUCAGACCACGGCGGGAGCUACGAGCAGCGGUUCAGGUACACCUGUAAGGCGCGUGUGCCCGACCCCGCCCUCCUGGAUGUAGGCCGGCAGAGGAUUGAGAUGCGCUACUGUUCCAGUGAUGGCUCCACUGGGUGCUCCACCGACGGAGACCUCCUCCGUGCCGGUCAGAUCGCCACCCCCUCGAUAAACGGGGGCUGGUCGCCCUGGAGCUCCUGGGCACAGUGUAGCCGGGACUGCGGGCGCGGAAUUCGCAACCGCAAGCGCGUCUGCAGCAGCCCCGAGGCCAGGUACGGGGGCGUCCCCUGCCUGGGGCCCGCGCUGGAGUACCAGGAGUGCAACAUCACCCCGUGCCCAGUGGAUGGGGGUUGGUCGUGCUGGUCCUCGUGGUCCAGGUGUUCAGUGACCUGUGGAGGGGGACACUACACACGAACCCGCACCUGCAGCAGCCCUGCACCGGCCUAUGGAGGAGACAUCUGUUUGGGCCUACACACUGAGGAGGCACUGUGCAACACCCAGCCCUGCUCAGAGAGCUGGUCUCAGUGGUCCCGCUGGUCCCAGUGUGACUCCGUGCAGGUGCAGGCCCGCGUGCGCCACUGUGAUGUCCUCUUCCCCACCGGAAAUCAGUGCUCUGGGAACAGCACAGAGACCAGGGCCUGCUCCUCCGACUCUAACCUGAUCCCAGAAUCCAUUGCACAUUCCAGUUUGGAAAAGAGAAUGUGUGAAGAUUUUAACUGGUUCCACAUGCUGGCUGUGGGUCUGAGCAGCUCCAUUCUGGGCUGCCUGACCACCCUGCUGGUGUACACCUACUGCCAACGCUACCAGCAGCAAUCCCACGAUGCAACGGUCAUCCACCCCGUGUCUGCUGCCCCGCUCAACACCAGCAUCACCAACCACAUCAACAAGCUGGAUAAGUACGACCCUGUGGAGGCUCUCAAGAUUUUCAAUAAAAAGAACCUGAUUUUGGAGGAGCGGAAUAAGUACUUCAGCCCCCACCUGGCCACGAAGACUUAUGCCAACUCAUACUUCACGGAUGUCAACACAUUCGAGGACUAAUUCUGUACCUCCAGCUGCCAGUUGGCGCCCCCUAUGCCUCCGAAAAGUGAGACGGUGGCAUAGCCCUUUCUGUUGAGUGAACGCAUCUUUACGCUCUGCAGUUUGCAUGGAAGUGCAACAAAUGUUGGACACCCUCAAUGUGGUCCUCAACACUUGCAAGCAGAGCGCCAUGCACUGACGCCAAACAAAGGACACCAGCAGCUUUAAGGUACCUGGGCUCACAAAUCAGAGAGCUUUGCUUCAGUGACUGGAUUCUCAGAGCCUCAAACGCAAUGUUGGGGGCAUAGGGGGUGCAGGGGGUGGAGGGUGUGACCCAAGAAGAAAUUUUCAAUGUUACGAACCAGGAAAAAGACUGAGGAAACUCCGCCAUUGUCCCUCUGAAAAACUGGAAGGGGCUAAAAAAUGAACAGUCUUUUGGGAUAUGGAACUGGAUGCCUUUGCAUGACUUAACCAAACGCCUUGCCUGUUGUGUCCUUUUGCAUGG